AUGUCCAUGUCGUCCACCAAGCCUCCGGCCGACUUCGCUCAGGCAUGCUUGCUUGCGGCUCCAUUGGACUUUCGCACACUGGACGCCCCUGUGAUCCAUUCACGAACCUCCGAGCUUGGCAGCUUUGACUUACUACCGCUCAAAUCAGCCACACAUUCCACUUCGUUAAAGUCCGUGGUUGAGGUUGUCGAACCGAUGUCCGCGGGGGAUUUUGAUUUCGGACACCUUUAUCACCUCAUCUCCACCGGGAAGUAUGAGGACCUUCCCGGCCCCUUGUCUGUGAGCUUUGGUAACGGCAUGAAAUUCAGAAAGCAGCUUGUGGGCCAGCAGUCUUCGGAUGGUCGGUGGGUUUUCUUGAAGCACUUCAUCUUUGAGGACAAGAUACCCGCUCGGCUUCUGAAGACAUCUCUCGCAGGGGACCUCCGCCUCAUCAACUACGGCACCAACUUCCGCAGCGGUCUCAAGGGCUUCCAGUAUCUUUUGGAACAUGUUGGCCAAUGGAGCGUUAUGUGGUUCCUGACUCAGAUGAAGGAGCCCAAGACCAAGACGAAAGAAACAUCGGAUCUGCAGAAAGGCUUCGACUUCAUCCGCUCUAGUGGACCUCGGUCCAACAUGCACAAUCGGCAGACAGAGUGGACUGAGGAGUCGCUUCGCGGCUAUGCCAACUCCAAUGUCUUCGCCGACUGUACCAGCGACUUCUUCGUCACUCUGUAUGACCUCCAAGGCUGGUUCCUUCAUGAUGUUCUUGUUCCUCUUCUGCCCAUGAAAUCCAAGACCUUGGUCAUGAUGGGGCUUGCGGAGAAGGGCAAAACCCCCGCAGCCCAAGCGCUCGCACUCGCCAUCUCCGAAUACUGGAUCUUAGUCGACGACAUGGCUUGGGAUGUCAAGCCUUCCUUUCGUCUUUGCUCCAGCUUGGAUCAGCUGCGUGGGGAGCCUGGAAAGAAACAUGUUCCAGACAUUCUGGACGAUCCCGACAUGAACGUGGUUCCCAUGCCCAAGCUCAAGGCCUUUCUCGAUGCUUCCUUGGAGGAGUCCUUCACGGUGGAACGCUGGACCACUUCCAAGUUCGUCCGCAACCAACUUCGCAUCCUCUGCGACAACAAGAUCGAUGAGGACGCCGACAAAUGGAUCUCGCCUGGCCAGGCCACCAUUCCCCAUGAAGUCUUCUUGGACAUCAUUGCUCCAGCCUUCCCCGAGAAGUCCUCCACCCAGGAUAAAAUGGCUUUGUUGAAGCGCUCGCAUUGGGUGGUGAACACCAAUCGUGCCUGCUACGUUCGCAAGGCUGGCACGAGCACCAAUCCAGUGCCACUCAUCCAGUACGAAGGCGGCAUCAAGGAUUUCAUUGCCGACUCAGGCAAGGCACUCCUAGAUCGUAUGAAGAAUGGUGACAAGAGCCCACCAUCUGAUUGGCUGGAGAAGAGACAGUGGUCGCAUGACUUCGUCUCCCUGGUUCUCGAAAAGGGCCGUUCUCCGGAGCGAACAACAGUCAUCAUCGAGCAGGGCUUGUUUGACAAAACCAAGCGCCGUGUCGAAAGGAAGCCCGACCUCCCCUUCUCUGGUCGGGUUGUUGUGGACUUGGAGAGCACAGACCUGGUUGCACCUGCUGAUGCGUCUCGGCCAACGAAGCCUGCCCCAGCACCGUGGACUCCGGUACCCGUCAAGAAGGAGCCAGGCGUCUUCGCAUCUCUGUCCACUGCUUCCGGUAGUGCUCCGAUCGAUCUGGACACCCCCAGCCCCAGGCCUGCUCAGGCAAAGCGGCGAAGGGUUCACGGCGAUGGGUCUGCGUCUGAAGAUGACGAUGGCCUGCCUCGUGUUGGUGAAGCCCCGGAGGAUGAGUGA